CAGGUGAUGCAGCCGACGGCCACGAGCAAAACAUCACGACUGAAGACUCAACGAGGAGGAAAGAAGUCCAGAAGACGAGAGCUCUCCUAACAUGAUGCCUACAGCCAGAGGCAUGUCCCAAAUGAUACCCAGCCACGUCCUGAGAGUGGGCCAAACCAUCCGCCUGGAGUCGGGGGUGCAGGAGACGACGCUCCAUCAACAUCCCGGUCUCACGGAGCCCGGCAGCGACCGCGGGGACCACGACCUCGAUAUCUCCCUGGACAACCUCAACCGGCUGAUCCUGGAACUGGAUCCCACAUUCGAACCCAUCGAGGUCAACAGAAGUCCGUCGUGCCUCAGCCCCCCGGCAGACGCCUGGGACGACGUCUCCCACUGCAUGCUGGUCCCCAGAGGAUGUUCCCCCUGCUCGCUGCCCAUCGGGAUCCCCUCCGUGUCGCCCGGUCGACCCUUCCCCUCGUACGGCAGCGUGAGCUGCAGCCCCCACGGCGCCCUGGUGUUCUCCAGCUCCCCCACGGCCUCGCUGCCGCCGCUGCCAUGCGGCAGUGCGGCCCGGCGGACCGCGUCCCCGAGGCCCGACCAGGGAUCCCUCCGCCUGACCCACUCCAACAGGAACAGCACCGUGUCGCUGCUCUCCACCUCCACCUGCUCCGACACCAGCUACAUGCUCGGCAGCAGCCUGUCGCUGACCAGCGAGGACGCCGACUCUCAGGAGCUCCUCCUCUCUCGCUGCUCCUUCAGCGACGGCUCCAGAACUCCGGCGCCCGACAGCCGUCCGGGCCCGGAGAAGCCCCGCCCCCUCCGGGGGGCCCAGAGGAGCCCCGCCUCGCUCUGCGGGUCCCUGAGCGACAUCCCCAUCCUGCUCGUCAACGGGGAACCGCAGCCGGACCGACGGUCCCCCGGGCCGAGCGUCCUCAGUGUGUCCGACCCAAAGCGCUCACCGGCUCACGGGUUCCAAGCCCACUUCCAGGGCAGCCAGCCCUCCAUGAAGUUCGUCAUGGACACCUCACAGUUCUGGUUCCGGCCGCACGUCAGCAGAGCUCAAGCUGAAGCUCUGCUCCAGGAGAAGGAGGCGGGAGCGUUCGUCAUGAGGGACAGCACGUCCCACCGGGGCAGCUUCGGCCUGGCCAUGAAGGUGGACCAAGCGGCCGCCAACGCCAGCGCCGGCGCCUCCCCAGGAGAGAGCAGCGCAGACCUGGUGAGACACUUCCUCAUCGAGUCUUCAGCGAAGGGCGUACGCGUCAAAGGCUCUUCUCAGGAACCUUACUUCGGUAGCCUCUCUGCCCUGGUCUACCAGCACACCAUCUCUGCCUACGCUCUACCCUGCAAACUACUGCUCCACUCCAGAGAUGUGGGUGCAGCAGAGGAGAGCACGACUCACAAACCUGCAUCAGAGGACAAGAGCAGAACAGCGUGUAAUUUCGUGUACCUGAACGCCGUUGCCACGGAGAUGCUGACGGGCCCGUGCGCGGUGCAGAGGGCGGUGGGCUCCACCCUGGAGAAGGCCCCGGGCUGCUUCACGCCCACCAUCGUCAACCUGAAGGUGUCUUUGAAGGGAGUCACGCUGACGGACAUCAACAGGAAACUCUUCUUCAGACGCCAUUACCCGGCUCACCUGCUCAGCUACAGCGGCGAAGACCCGGACAACCGACUGUGGAUCCAAGGUUCCAGUGUUGGUGCGAGGAUGUUUGGCUUCGUGGCUAAAGGUGUGGAGGCCGGCAUGGAGAACGUCUGCCACGUGUUCGCCGAGUACGAGCGGCUGCAGUCCUGCAACGAGGUCAUCGAGGUCAUUCAGGCGGCCAUCGCCAAGCCUUAGACACACCUGUGACCAGGCUACCUGGACUGUCACCUGUCACUACCUGGACUGUCACCUGUCAAUCUACCUGGACUGUCACCUGUCACUCUACCUGGACUGUCACCUGUCACUCUACCUGGACUGUCACCUGUCACUCUACCUGGACUGUCAACUGUCACUACCUGGACUGUCACCUGUCACCUGUCACUCUACCUGGACUGUCACCUGUCACUCUACCUGGGCUGUCACCUGUCACUACCUGGGCUGUCACCUGUCACUCUACCUGGACUGUCACCUGUCACUCUACCUGUAAGGACAAAGGAACCAUAUGAUUGUAAUUAAAAGGCAGAUUGCUACUGUUAAAAUA